AUGAAGGGUUUGAUUGAUUCUAGGUUUGGAUCAGAGUCAAUAAGAUUGGUUGCCGAAAAGAAUGUGUUUCCUGAUUCUCAAAUGCGUGAAGAUGUUGCCUAUCAAAUGAUUCACGAUGAACUUUACUUGGAUGGGAACGCAAGGCAAAAUUUAGCUACAUUUUGCCAGACAUGGGAUGACAAAUAUGUUCACAAGCUUAUGAAUAAAUCGAUAAAUAAAAAUUGGAUUGAUAAAGAAGAAUACCCACAAUCAUCUCAGUUUGAUAUGAGAUGCAUUAGAAUGCUUGCAGACUUAUAUCAUGCACCAUUAACGAAAGGACAAGAGGCUGUUGGAACCAAUACGAUUGGUUCUUCUGAAGCUUGCAUGCUUGGAGGCAUGGCAAUGAAGUGGAGAUGGCGCAAAAAGCGUGAGGCUGAAGGAAAACCUACAGAUAAACCGAAUUUGGUUUGCGGACCUGUUCAAGUUUGCUGGCAUAAAUUUGCCAGAUACUGGGAUGUCGAACUAAGAGAACUACCGAUGGAAAAAGGAAAAUACUUCAUGGAUCCUAAGAGAAUGGUUGAGGCCUGCGACGAAAAUACUAUUGGUGUAGUUGUAACAUUUGGAGUUACCUACACCGGAAACUACGAAUUCCCAAAGGAAUUUAACGAUGCUCUUGACCAACUUCAAAAGGAGAAAGGAUUAGAUAUCGAUAUUCAUGUUGAUGCUGCAAGUGGCGGCUUCUUAGCUCCAUUUUGUGCUCCAGAUAUCAAAUGGGACUUCAGUUUACCACGUGUGAAAUCAAUUAAUACGUCUGGCCAUAAAUAUGGUCUUGCUCCAUUAGGUUGCGGCUGGAUUAUAUGGCGUGAUCAAGAAUCUCUUCCAGAAGAGCUUGUCUUCAAAGUUGAUUACUUAGGUGGUCAGGUUGGAACCAUAGCUAUUAACUUUUCGCGCCCAGCUGGUCAAGUUAUUGCGCAAUAUUACGAAUUCAUCAGACUUGGCAAAGAAGGAUACAGAAAAGUACACACUGCUUCAUACCAAGUUGCACAAUUCCUUGCGAAGCGAAUUGCUCCUCUUGGCCCGUUCGAAUUUAUUUGUGAGGGCGAUCCAAAGAAAGGAAUUCCCGCCGUAACUUUCAAAAUCAAAGAUGGGCAAGAUCCAGGAUACGCUCUCUACGAUAUCUCUGAGCGCCUAAGACUUCGUGGCUGGCAAGUUCCUGCUUUUGCUUUAGCUGAUAAUUGCUCAGACAUCGUUGUCAUGAGAAUUAUGUGUCGCCGUGGAUUCGAAAUGGAUUUCGCCGAUUUGUUUAUGAAAGAUUUUGAAGCAUGCGUUGAAUAUCUCAAAGCAAAUCCGUCCAGAGCACGAAUCACUGAAAUGAAGAGCUUCAAUCAUACAUAA